CCCACUAGCAGCAUCUGGCCCCCACAACUCUAGCCGUCGUCGUCGCUCACACUUUCUUCACACUCACUCGCACGACAGUUGCAUUGCAUCGUUAGCAUCGACAACACACACACCAUGGCAGUACCCGGAACCCGCACAAAGGACGGCCAGGCGUACGGCGACGUCCGCGCGCCCCUCUCGCUCGACAAGCUGCAGCCCUUCUUGGAGAAGAAUGUCAAGGGCUUUGCGGGGCCGAUUACCGUCAAGCAGUUCGGGUUCGGCCAGUCGAACCCAACGUACCUCCUCCAGACCCCGAACAAGAGCUACGUGCUCCGCCGCGCGCCGCUCGGCCCGCUCCUGUCCAAGACGGCGCACCGCGUCGACCGCGAGUUCCUCAUGCUCGAAGCGCUCAACAAGUUCAACGAGCGCCUGCCCAAGGACACGCCCCCGGAGCGCUUCGUGCCCGUCCCGCAGGUGUACGCGCUCUGCAUGGACCCCGAGGUUGCCGGGUCGCCGUUCUACAUUAUGGAGUUUUUGAAGGGAAGGAUCUUUACGGAUGUGCAGAUUCCCGACUUGCCCAAGGAGGAGAGGUUUGCGUGCUGGCGCUCCGCCGUCCAGGCCCUCGCGCUCCUCGGCUCGAUCCCCAUCUCGGCGCUCGGCCUCCCGGCCUCGUUCGCCCCCGACCCGAUCAAGAAGCCCUACUUCCCGCGCCAGGUCGUCGGCAUGCACCGCGUCUCGGACGCGCAGUCCAAGGCUCCAGUUCCCUCCAACCCAGGCGGUAUCCUCGGCGACGUUGUCCACGCCGACGAGCUGUGGCCCUACUAUGAGCAGGGCUCCAAGACGGUGUCGGCCGCCGAGGUCAAGCACGGCGCGUCGCUCGUCCACGGCGACUACAAGCUCGACAACCUCGUCUUCCACCCCACCGAGCCGCGCGUCAUCGGCAUCCUCGACUGGGAGCUGUGCACGCUCGGCUCGCCGCUCGCCGACCUCGGCAACAUGCUCAUCCCCUUCUCGUUCCCGCCCGUGUCGGACGAGGACCGCCGCGAGCUCACCAAGAAGUCGAGCGGCACGUCCAACCUCGUUCUUGGCCUCAAGGGCCUGCCGUCGAGCCAGACGGGCAUCCCUACGUCCGACGUGCUCGAGCAGUGGUGGGUCGCGGGCAUGAACGAGGGCUACCUCUGGCACGCGUCCGAGGCGAACCGCUCGCGCGAGGCGCUCGCCGGCCGCGUCCCCGGCCCUGUGCCCGCCCCUCGCCAGUGGCCCACGCAGCGCUUCGAGUGGGUCCGCUCCUGGAUGCUCUUCCGUCUGGCGAUCAUCGCCCAGGGUAUCGCCGCUCGUGCCGCCCUCGGCCAGGCAAGCAGCGCGCACGCGUCGCCUGAUCGCGCGCCGUUCGACUUUUUCGGAAAGAUGGCAUACCAGGCCAAGGGACAGCCAGAGGUCACCGUGGCCAAGCUCUAGGGUGGUGGUGUGGUGUGAUAUGACUAGGAAUGCAUGUAAAGUGUAGAAGUGUAA